GUCCCUUUCUGUAUAAUUUCUCCAGAGAAUAUUUAGAAAUUCAAGAUUUUCUUGCCCUAAAUGAAAUUGUUGAAAAAAUCGAAAACUUCUAAAUUUCUAGGUUAGGGCAAGAUUUCCUCUCAAUAUAAAAACCCCUUCUGCCUAAUUUUGGAAUCUAUCUGAAUUGUUACUGGUUUUGCAUAAUUUGGUCAAAAUUUUUAAUCUUUAUGCUCUGCAUUAUACGUCCGAGGCUGUUAGGGUUAUUAAUUCGGUUUUUAGCCGUUUGGGAGUUCAAAGGAGCCUAAUGAUUCAGUGGGUCUUGCAGUAAUUAAUUGAUUUUGUUAAAUUUUUUUUGGCUCUUGGCGAUUCCUCGGGAAAAUCUAGUAAUAUUUUAAAGCGAAUGUAUCCUUCUGAUAUGGAUUUUGCCCGCGAAAGUGGCAUGAUGUUGAUCCCCACACGUUUUGUGUGGCCUUAUGGUGGGAGAAAUGUACUAAUCAGUGGCUCAUUUACUGGGUGGACACAAUGGCCAAUGACUCCGGUUGAGGGAUGCCCUACAGUGUUUCAGACUAUAUGUAGCCUACCACCGGGUUAUCAUCAGUACAAAUUUGUUGUCGAUGGUGAAUGGAGACAUGAUGAGCAUCAACCUUUUGUCAGUAGCAACAUAGGAACGGUGAACACUAUCCUCUUAGCAAGGGAAGCAAACUACAUUCCUGCAAUGCCAAGUGCACAAAUUCCUUCUGGUCCUGGUUCCAACAUGGAUGUUGAUAAUGAGGCCUUCCACCGUGUGGUUCAAGUUUCAGAUGGUACAUCGUAUGAGCCCUUUUCAAGGAUUUCAGAAGCAGAUUUGGAGAUAUCCCGGCAUCGUAUAGCUUCAUUUUUGUCAAUGCAUAUGGCUCAUGAGUUACUUCCUGAAUCCGGCAAGGUCAUUGCUUUGGAUGUUGACCUUCCUGUGAAGCAAGCAUUUCAUAUUCUGCACGAGCAGGGAAUCUCUAUGGCACCUUUAUGGGACUUCUUGAAGGGGAAGUUUGUAGGAGUUCUUAGUGCACUGGAUUUUAUAUUAAUUAUGAGAGAGCUAGGUAAUCACGGGUCCAAUAUGACAGAGGAAGAGCUAGACACACACACUAUAUCUGCUUGGAAAGAAGCAAAGUCAUACUUGAAUAGUCAAAUUAAUGGGCAUGGAAGUGCUGUUCCAAGACUUUUUUUGCAUGCCGGGCCAAAUAACAAUUUGAAAGAAGUUGCUUUGAAGAUUUUGCAAAAUGGUGUGUCUACAGUUCCUAUUAUCCAUUCACCUUCAGAGGAUGCAUCAAACCCACAGCUAUUGCAUCUUGCUUCUCUUUCCGGAAUACUGAAAUGUGAGGAAAAUGUGCAACUACUCGUGUGUGUGUGUGUGUGUGUGUGUGUUUAUGUGUGGCGUAGUCUCGAAAACAACAUAUGCUGUGUUCUUGACAUUCUUGCACUUGACAGGUACUGGCCGAUAUUUCAGACAUUCAUCAAGCUCAGACCAGUUGGAAAUAGACAUGGGGUUCAUUCUGCAAAAUUUUGUACUGUUUCCGUUUAG